AUGUCCAAGCAGCAGCCGGGGAAGGGGAAGCCUGGCCAAAGCGAGCCAAGCCUGAAAAAGGAGGCCUCGGGCCGGGAGCAGUCAGAGCCGAAGCUGAAGAGAAGCCGGAACCUGGAGAAGCAGAACUCGGACGAGCCGGGCCUCAUGGCUGAGGCCUCGCGCCGGGUAGUGUCUGCGGAUCAUAUCCAAACUGGUGCAUUGCUCCAUGUGCUCGCGCUUGAGAAUUUCGAAGGAUUCCAGAAGUUGGAGGGCAACAGCCCUUUGGUCCUCGGACAGCAUGACCUUCAGGAAGAGUUGGUGUUGUCGUGGGCUUCGGCUUGUUCCGGUUCGGAGGGCAUCUACUACGCGAUGGAAGCCAUCAAUACAACGUUCACUCAUUUAGGUGUGAAGGUGCAGCUGCAGCACACCUUCAGUAAUGUUGACAAGCAGCAGUGGAUCAAGGCGCUUCUUGCUGUCGGCCCCCUGCGCGAGAGUUCCUCCUUCACUUGGCCUCCUCGGGUGGAUGCCCUUGGGGCGGGUGGUGAUCUCGAUGAAGUUGUGGGUGGGAAAUGCAUUUUCCAGGACAUCGCAGAGUUGGAGUGCGACGAGGCCAAGUGCUGUCGCCAUGGUGGCGGGUGCAUCGUUCCUUCAGUCGACCUCCUUGUCGUCGGGACCUCUUGCAAAGACCUCAGCAAGCUGAACCAUACAGCUCCUGGUGCUGGUCACGAUACCACAAAGCCGGUCCUCGAGCAGAGCUCCAGCCGGGGUGCUUCAGCACAAACCUUCCAAGGCCUUGUGGGCUACAUUCGGAGUCACCGACCUCUCUUCGUUGUCUACGAAAACGUGGAUGCCAUCAGUGAUCAGCUCAGCUCAACCGACGACUCGAACCUGAAGGUUUGCUUGAACGAGUUCGCAACACUAGGGUACCAGAGCCAGCCGAUGAUGACGGAUGCGUCGGAAUUCGGGCUUCCAUGCCAUCGUCGCAGAGUCUACAUCCUUUUCAUUGACUCACGUAGCCCGAGGCUUGAUCUCCGCAGUCGGCCCCUGCAGGUUGUGAUGAGCAAAUUUCGCCACUUGCUUAGCAGUUGUGUUCGCACUUCACCAUGCGCAUCGGAAGUGCUUCUUCCGGCAGAGGAUGGGGCUGUCAAGUAUUUUUUCGAUGAGCGGCAAGCAAGAACCAAAAAGAAGUCCACUCAGAACAACUGGGUGAAUCAGCAUAUGAAGUAUGCUGACGGCCUGGGCAUUCGUUGGGGCAUGCCUGCACGAAAAGAGUUGUCCCAGAAUCCUUGGUACCUCACCCUUACCGAGCGUGAGGCCGACUGCCUCAAACUCUCAGAGAUUGAGUCCCCG